CACUUGUUUGGCAAUUAAUGCGUGCAUAUACUUUAACUAUAUUGGCUAAAUGUACACAAAGUGAGGAAUCAAUGGCAACUGACAAAGAAAUAAUUGCUUGGGUAAACCAAAAAUUGGAAUCUGUUGGAAAUUCAAAUCGUUUAAAAAGUUUCCAAGACCCGUCUAUUUCAAAUGCUCGUAUUUUUCUUGAUUUAAUUGAAGCGAUAAAACCAGGCACGAUUGACUAUAAUAUUGUCAAAUGUGAUGGAAAUAGUCAGAAUAAUUUGGAUAAUGCAAAAUAUGCAAUAACUGCUGGUAGAAAAAUUGGAGCAAAAAUAUAUGCAUUGCCAGAGGAUAUUGUGGAGGUAAAAUCAAAAAUGGUUAUGACGGUCUUUGCUUGUCUUAUGGCCCGUGACUUUAUGCCAAACGUUCGGGAAGUGACAAAUGGAAAUUGA